AUGCAGAGGGGUUACAGGGAGCAAUGCAGAGGGGUUACAGGGAGCAAUGCAGAGGGGUUACAGGGAGCAAUGCAGAGGGGUUACAGGGAGCAAUGCAGAGGGGUUACAGGGAGCAAUGCAGAGGGGUUACAGGGAGCAAUGCAGAGGGGUUACAGGGAGCAAUGCAGAGGGGUUACAGGGAGCAAUGCAGAGGGGUUACAGGGAGCAAUGCAGAGGGGUUACAGGGAGCAAUGCAGAGGGGUUACAGGGAGCAAUGCAGAGGGGUUACAGGGAGCAAUGCAGAGGGGUUACAGGGAGCAAUGCAGAGGGGUUACAGGGAGCAAUGCAGAGGGGUUACAGGGAGCAAUGCAGAGGGGUUACAGGGAGCAAUGCAGAGGGGUUACAGGGAGCAAUGCAGAGGGGUUACAGGGAGCAAUGCAGUGGGGCUACAGGGAGCAAUGCAGUGGGGUUACAGGGAGCAAUGCAGUGGGGUUACAGGGAGCAAUGCAGAGGGGUUACAGGGAGCAAUGCAGAGGGGUUACAGGGAGCAAUGCAGAGGGGUUACAGGGAGCAAUGCAGAGGGGUUACAGGGAGCAAUGCAGUGGGGCUACAGGGAGCAAUGCAGUGGGGUUACAGGGAGCAAUGCAGUGGGGCUACAGGGAGCAAUGCAGUGGGGUUACAGGGAGCAAUGCAGAGGGGUUACAGGGAGCAAUGCAGUGGGGCUACAGGGAGCAAUGCAGUGGGGUUACAGGGAGCAAUGCAGAGGGGUUACAGGGAGCAAUGCAGAGGGGUUACAGGGAGCAAUGCAGAGGGGUUACAGGGAGCAAUGCAGAGGGGUUACAGGGAGCAAUGCAGAGGGGUUACAGGGAGCAAUGCAGAGGGGUUACAGGGAGCAAUGCUGUGGGGUUACAGGGAGAAAUGCAGUGGGGUUACAGGGAGCAAUGCAGAGGGGUUACAGGGAGCAAUGCAGAGGGGUUACAGGGAGCAAUGCAGAGGGGUUACAGGGAGCAAUGCAGAGGGGUUACAGGGAGCAAUGCAGAGGGGUUACAGGGAGCAAUGCAGAGGGGUUACAGGGAGCAAUGCAGAGGGGUUACAGGGAGCAAUGCAGAGGGGUUACAGGGAGCAAUGCAGAGGGGUUACAGGGAGCAAUGCAGAGGGGUUACAGGGAGCAAUGCAGAGGGGUUACAGGGAGCAAUGCAGAGGGGUUACAGGGAGCAAUGCAGAGGGGUUACAGGGAGCAAUGCAGAGGGGUUACAGGGAGCAAUGCAGAGGGGUUACAGGGAGCAAUGCAGAGGGGUUACAGGGAGCAAUGCAGAGGGGUUACAGGGAGCAAUGCAGAGGGGUUACAGGGAGCAAUGCAGAGGGGUUACAGGGAGCAAUGCAGAGGGGUUACAGGGAGCAAUGCAGAGGGGUUACAGGGAGCAAUGCAGAGGGGUUACAGGGAGCAAUGCAGAGGGGUUACAGGGAGCAAUGCAGAGGGGUUACAGGGAGCAAUGCAGAGGGGUUACAGGGAGCAAUGCAGAGGGGUUACAGGGAGCAAUGCAGAGGGGUUACAGGGAGCAAUGCAGAGGGGUUACAGGGAGCAAUGCAGAGGGGUUACAGGGAGCAAUGCAGAGGGGUUACAGGGAGCAAUGCAGAGGGGUUACAGGGAGCAAUGCAGAGGGGUUACAGGGAGCAAUGCAGAGGGGUUACAGGGAGCAAUGCAGAGGGGUUACAGGGAGCAAUGCAGAGGGGUUACAGGGAGCAAUGCAGAGGGGUUACAGGGAGCAAUGCAGAGGGGUUACAGGGAGCAAUGCAGAGGGGUUACAGGGAGCAAUGCAGAGGGGUUACAGGGAGCAAUGCAGAGGGGUUACAGGGAGCAAUGCAGAGGGGUUACAGGGAGCAAUGCAGUGGGGCUACAGGGAGCAAUGCAGUGGGGUUACAGGGAGCAAUGCAGUGGGGUUACAGGGAGCAAUGCAGAGGGGUUACAGGGAGCAAUGCAGAGGGGUUACAGGGAGCAAUGCAGAGGGGUUACAGGGAGCAAUGCAGAGGGGUUACAGGGAGCAAUGCAGUGGGGCUACAGGGAGCAAUGCAGUGGGGUUACAGGGAGCAAUGCAGUGGGGCUACAGGGAGCAAUGCAGUGGGGUUACAGGGAGCAAUGCAGAGGGGUUACAGGGAGCAAUGCAGUGGGGCUACAGGGAGCAAUGCAGUGGGGUUACAGGGAGCAAUGCAGAGGGGUUACAGGGAGCAAUGCAGAGGGGUUACAGGGAGCAAUGCAGAGGGGUUACAGGGAGCAAUGCAGAGGGGUUACAGGGAGCAAUGCAGAGGGGUUACAGGGAGCAAUGCAGAGGGGUUACAGGGAGCAAUGCUGUGGGGUUACAGGGAGAAAUGCAGUGGGGUUACAGGGAGCAAUGCAGAGGGGUUACAGGGAGCAAUGCAGAGGGGUUACAGGGAGCAAUGCAGAGGGGUUACAGGGAGCAAUGCAGAGGGGUUACAGGGAGCAAUGCAGAGGGGUUACAGGGAGCAAUGCAGAGGGGUUACAGGGAGCAAUGCAGAGGGGUUACAGGGAGCAAUGCAGAGGGGUUACAGGGAGCAAUGCAGAGGGGUUACAGGGAGCAAUGCAGAGGGGUUACAGGGAGCAAUGCAGAGGGGUUACAGGGAGCAAUGCAGAGGGGUUACAGGGAGCAAUGCAGAGGGGUUACAGGGAGCAAUGCAGAGGGGUUACAGGGAGCAAUGCAGAGGGGUUACAGGGAGCAAUGCAGAGGGGUUACAGGGAGCAAUGCAGAGGGGUUACAGGGAGCAAUGCAGAGGGGUUACAGGGAGCAAUGCAGAGGGGUUACAGGGAGCAAUGCAGAGGGGUUACAGGGAGCAAUGCAGAGGGGUUACAGGGAGCAAUGCAGAGGGGUUACAGGGAGCAAUGCAGAGGGGUUACAGGGAGCAAUGCAGAGGGGUUACAGGGAGCAAUGCAGAGGGGUUACAGGGAGCAAUGCAGAGGGGUUACAGGGAGCAAUGCAGAGGGGUUACAGGGAGCAAUGCAGAGGGGUUACAGGGAGCAAUGCAGAGGGGUUACAGGGAGCAAUGCAGAGGGGUUACAGGGAGCAAUGCAGAGGGGUUACAGGGAGCAAUGCAGAGGGGUUACAGGGAGCAAUGCAGCGGGGUUACAGGGAGCAAUGCAGAGGGGUUACAGGGAGCAAUGCAGAGGGGUUACAGGGAGCAAUGCAGAGGGGUUACAGGGAGCAAUGCAGAGGGGUUACAGGGAGCAAUGCAGAGGGGUUACAGGGAGCAAUGCAGAGGGGUUACAGGGAGCAAUGCAGAGGGGUUACAGGGAGCAAUGCAGAGGGGUUACAGGGAGCAAUGCAGAGGGGUUACAGGGAGCAAUGCAGAGGGGUUACAGGGAGCAAUGCAGAGGGGUUACAGGGAGCAAUGCAGAGGGGUUACAGGGAGCAAUGCAGAGGGGUUACAGGGAGCAAUGCAGAGGGGUUACAGGGAGCAAUGCAGAGGGGUUACAGGGAGCAAUGCAGAGGGGUUACAGGGAGCAAUGCAGAGGGGUUACAGGGAGCAAUGCAGAGGGGUUACAGGGAGCAAUGCAGAGGGGUUACAGGGAGCAAUGCAGAGGGGUUACAGGGAGCAAUGCAGAGGGGUUACAGGGAGCAAUGCAGAGGGGUUACAGGGAGCAAUGCAGAGGGGUUACAGGGAGCAAUGCAGAGGGGUUACAGGGAGCAAUGCAGAGGGGUUACAGGGAGCAAUGCAGAGGGGUUACAGGGAGCAAUGCAGAGGGGUUACAGGGAGCAAUGCAGAGGGGUUACAGGGAGCAAUGCAGAGGGGUUACAGGGAGCAAUGCAGAGGGGUUACAGGGAGCAAUGCAGAGGGGUUACAGGGAGCAAUGCAGAGGGGUUACAGGGAGCAAUGCAGAGGGGCUUCAGGGAGCAAUGCAGAGGGGUUACAGGGAGCAAUGCAGAGGGGUUACAGGGAGCAAUGCAGAGGGGUUACAGGGAGCAAUGCAGAGGGGUUACAGGGAGCAAUGCAGAGGGGUUACAGGGAGCAAUGCAGAGGGGUUACAGGGAGCAAUGCAGAGGGGUUACAGGGAGCAAUGCAGAGGGGUUACAGGGAGCAAUGCAGAGGGGUUACAGGGAGCAAUGCAGAGGGGUUACAGGGAGCAAUGCAGAGGGGUUACAGGGAGCAAUGCAGAGGGGUUACAGGGAGCAAUGCAGAGGGGUUACAGGGAGCAAUGCAGAGGGGUUACAGGGAGCAAUGCAGAGGGGUUACAGGGAGCUAUACAUGGGCAAACAACGAGUCGAGUAA